AAAUAGACUUGCUGUUUGUUCAUCUGCAACGCCUCUCGUUGUGGUCGUCGCGCAGGUGCGGCGUUUGAGUAUCCUGAGACUUAGUCAGUUUCGACGACUUACCGAGAAGCUGGCAUAAAAGGCCUCGCUCGCCUCUGCAAAGGCGUUCAAACAAUCAUGCAGUUUCUCAGCAUUCUUACAUUCGCCUGUGCCGUUGCUGCCGUCCAGGAUCUCGGUGUCGCCGACGAUGAUAUGCUCGACCAUGACGGUAUGGUCAUGACGACUGAGAUGGAUACGGCCUACUCCAGGCUCGUCGAUCAAGCAAUCAAGGCGGCAGCCAGUCCUGUCCGAGCAGCAGAGGGUAACAUGAGCCAAGCGGUUGUGCCUCAUACAUUCAGCCAUGCCAAGAGCACCAACUCGACCAGCAUCAAGCACAAAAAUGGCGCAUCCACCCAGCAAAAGCUAGCAGCUGGACUCGUCAGUGUGGCUCUUGUCGCCACAAUGCUUUAGAAUUGCUUAGUGAUUGGAGACCUUGUUGACAAAUUUUGACCAGCUCUCUGGUGACCCAUCGAUGCCGUGCUUGAGCUCCUUCCAUGCGUUGUUGUCGCGGAUGCCAACAAUCUCGCCGUUGAUGCGGACGGUGCA